UUCACAUUUUCGAUUAUAGAGGCACGCAAUCAAACACGAAUCAGCCGUUUAAAAUACCUUUAAUAGAUGCCUUCUGGUGACCAAUCGUUAGGAAUUCUGUCUGCAUUAUCCUCGUAUCAUAGCUGGUUCCUUAACGGCACGAAGCUCUGAACAGUCUCCAGCUUUCGUUACGAAAUUUGCACUUCUGAAGAAGAGUAUCAGGGAGUUGGUUGAAUGGACAGAGGAGAGUUAGAUAGCAGAAGAAAGAUUGGAACAGUUAAAGCAGCCAUUAAUCUGUAUGGUGAACGAAUUCAUGAAGACAAGCCUGCACCUAAAAAAUCCCAGAUGGCUUUUUCAGAGCCCAUUUCAAGAACAAGAGAUCUCCAUCUUGCAAAGAGGGGCAUCAACCAAUUCAGUGAGAGCAAAAGAGUUGCAGAAUCUGAAAAGGCCCAAGCAGAAUAUGAGCUCUUCAAUGCGAAGAAGACUGUGAAAGAUCUCACUCAAUUGAUCGAGAAAUUGAGCUCAAAGGAAAAAUUGCAGAUGCAAGACCUUGAUACGGUAAAGAAGCCCAAGAGGCAUGAAAAUGAAUGGGCAGCGGCCACCCCAAGAUUUGAUGCAUAUCAGUAUAGCAAGGUGAUGAAAGAAUUGGAAUUAGUAAAACAGGAAAUAAGUAAACUUAAGCUUGAUUUGGCAUCAGUCUUACGAGAGAAAUUACGGGCUGAUGAGGACAUAGAGGCCUCAGGUUUGAAAAUGUGUUCUUGUUCAAACUCCAUGGAAGCACUUAGGAAAGAGAUUGAGGAAGUUAAUGAAGAGGAUGUACUAGUUGAGUUGGCCCGGAUUGAGGCUGUUAAGGAAUUUGGAGCUAUUGAAGCUCAGAGAAAGAAGGAAGCUUGUGAGUUCUCACUUGCAAUGGACAAAACCAAGGAAAGAAUGAAGGAUGCCAUCCAAGAGAUUGACCAUGUGAGAGAGCUCGAAACCAGAUUGGCUCUCACAAUGGCAGACAUUGAUGUAUUACAAAAUGGACUAAAGCUAGUGCAGGAAACGGAAAAAAGGGUCCAGAGAAAUGACAGUUUGAAACAUUUUGAAGUUGGUAAGGGGGAAGAGGAAUCUUCGUCUUUGUUAGAGGCAGUCACAGAAGUGCUACAAUCUGCAAAAGAUGAAUUUGAUUGUGUAAAAGAUGAAGGCUUUCGGAACAUGGCUUCAAUGGAUAUUGUAAGGAAUGAGCUCAAGCAUGUAUUGGAAGAGAUUGCUUUGUUGAAAACUGCAGAAGAGAAGACAGAUUUAACUGUUCAAAAUCUCAAUUCAAAGCUCUUGCGGGUGAAAUCUAAAUUGGAAGCAGCUUCAUUGGCUGAGGAAAAUGCUAGAUCACUUGCAUCCAAUCUAACUCUCACUCUUGAAGAAAUGAAAACAGAAGCAGAGGCAGCAAAGAAAGAAAAGGAGCUUACUAAUAAAGUAACUGCAACAAUCAAAGAAGAACUUAAGAAAACUGAAUUUGAGAUUGACUCGACUGAUGAAAGAUUGCAGGCUGCCAUGCUAGAGCUUGAAGAGCUAAAAUCAUCAGAAACAAUAGCUCUUGAGAAUCUUAAAAUUCUAAUUGAGAAUACCAUGGCGGCCAGAGCUUCUGUGUCACAGAAUAGUUCCUCAAUUACAAUUUCAAGUUUUGAAUACAUGUAUUUAACUGGAUGUGCAGCUGGGGCAGAAGAAAUUGCAGAUAAAAAGGUUGCAGCGGCUCAGGCAUGGACUGAAGCAUUAAGAGCCAGUGAGAAGGAGAUAUUGAUGCGAACUGAAAUAUCUCAGAGGGAAAUCAGAGAACUGAGGAUCAAGGAAGAGCAAGAAGUAUAUAGAGCAGAGACACUGCUUUCAGCAAAGAAAGCAGUUGAGGGAGAGUUGCGGAAUUGUAGACAAAGAAGUGAAAAAUUUAAACAAGCUAAAAAUUUUCGGCUUCAAGUUGAAUCACCUAGAAAGUCCAUUAAAGAUGGUGGCAAUUUAACACCAGCACGACGAGCUAAGCUGCGAAAGUCGGCCUCUCCAGCAACUCGGCUUGUUACCCGAACAAAUUCUUACACUGUUAGGAAGAGAUUGAAGGUAAUGCCCAAUCUAGCCAAGUUCUUCGCUAGUAAGAGAACUGAAAAGAAAAUCUAAGCUGUCUACUCUCAUAUCCAAGUGUUCAUUACUGAUUUGAUUUCAUAAGAGUAAAUUGUAAUGACAUUUAGUUCUAACCAAAGUGAAACACUUUGAGCAUUGGAACUUGGAAGCUAACAAUUAGUUUCUAGUCUCCCACUCAUUAAUUUAAUUUUCUUUCAUG